AGAAAAAACCUCUUUCAGUCUAUAAAUUUGUCAAAACCCUAAUAUUUCAUUCUCGUCUCUCCUCCGCUCCAGCCGCCGCCCCUCACCCUCUUCUUCCCGAACGAAAUGACGACCCACCUGAAGAAGAAUCGGAAGAAGCGUGGCCACGUCAGCGCCGGUCACGGGCGUAUCGGCAAGCACCGGAAGCAUCCCGGAGGUCGCGGUAACGCCGGAGGAAUGCACCACCACCGGAUCCUCUUCGACAAGUACCACCCCGGCUACUUCGGUAAGGUCGGCAUGCGCUACUUCCACAGGCUCCGGAACAGGUUCCACUGCCCCACCGUGAACAUCGAGCAGAUCUGGUCCCUCCUCCCGCCGGAAGCCAAGGAGAAGGCGGCGAAGAGCAAGGACUCCGCUCCUCUCGUCGACGUCACCCAGUUCGGCUACUUCAAGGUCUUAGGCAAGGGCGUUUUGCCUCCGUCGCAGCCGAUCGUCGUCAAGGCCAAGCUCAUCUCCAAAAUCGCCGAGAAGAAGAUCAAGGCCGGUGGCGGCGCCGUCAUUCUCACCGCUUAGGUCUCUUUCUGUUCUUUGUUUUUCAUGCUUCUCUCUGGAUUUUCGAGAUCUGAAUUAUCUGUUUUAACUACAGUUAUUGCUUGUUUCAAAGAUAUUUAAUUUUGCCUUGAUGGAUUAUCUUGUUCUGUGAUCUCUACGAAUAUGUUUCUAUGAAACCUUCAUUGAUUUUGGUCAUUGCUUGUUUUGAAUGGUUGAAGUUUUGUCUGCCAAUGGGUUGGAUUUUGGCCCGGUUUCAACCAAAACCCAAACUGGUUUCAGGUCAAGUGACAUAAUCCCUCCAUUUCAUACCAUAUUAACUUUCUAUUAAAGCUUUCUUGAUUCG